AAUACCCCAUGGCAAAAUCCCCCCUGACCUGCAGGACCAGGAGAAAUCUGCUGUGAUUCCGAGCUGAUAAAGAAUUCCGGCUUUCUGAUACCUCCAGUUCCAUCAGGGAGUUCACUCCAGCUGAUUUUGUGUCCCACACUGCUCGUGGUGGCCCCUCCCCGCCAUGGCCCUCCUGGCUCACACCCUGGCACUGCUGGCAUUGACUGUGGCCACAGUGGCCAUCAAGGUGGUGCCCAUGGACUUGGCGGAGGAUUCUUUUGAUGCCGGGUACGAAGGCUGUGUCCCUGCCAUGAAUGCGAAGUUGCAGGACCUCUACUUCUCCGAGUUACAUAAUAAUCCUCUUUUUGCCUGGGGCUGGGUAACUGCUAAAGAUGAGUGGCAGAGACGGGGCUCUCCUGUGUCCCCUCUGGCGUCCCAUUGGCAGGCCUUGGCUCUCAUGGCCUACACAUCAGAGGACAUAUACAAGGAGUUCAACGCCGCCAUACUCAGGGCCGGGCGCUCCCACCAGGAAUACCAGGACAACUUCCACUUCAAAACGCUGCAUUUCCUGCUGACCGAUGCCCUGGCGACACUGAGGCACGCUCAGAACGAGCAGUGUUACAACGUGUUCCGGGGUGUUCGUGGUGUUCGUUUCCAGGCGCAGAAAGGCGAUACAGUCCGGUUUGGUCAAUUCACAUCAACGUCAAAGAGCAAAAAGGUGGCUCUGAGAUUUGGGACAGACACGAUUUUUGAGGUGCGCACAUGCUAUGGCGCAGAUAUCCGUCAGUUCUCCAUGUUUCCGGAGGAGGAGGAGGUGCUGAUCCCACCCUUCGAGAUGUUUGAAGUCACAAAAGUCAACUGGGAUGGGGAGAUGACAUGGAUCAGUCUCUACUCUGUGGGGAGCCUCACCAAACACAACUGCGAGGUCAGUUAA